GAUAAUCAUCGUCGUAGACAUAUUGGGGGUGUUUUUCAACAACUGCCGCUGUUCUCUUCAUUUUUGUUGUUGUUGUGUGAAACGUGUCAAUAUUAUCCCCAUUAAAUGAAAUAAAAAAAGCACAAUGGAUUAUAUCAUAAAUAUUAUCAUCUAUCUUGGUUUUUGUACUAGUCUCUUGUUAUUCUAUUGUCUACGUGAUACUUUAAUUGUACGUGUUAUGAAGACUAUGUUAAUGAAGCCAUUCUAUGUGAUAUGGUCGACAACUAUUCCUCUUGUUGUCAGGAAAAUGAUUGGUGAAACAAUACAUUGGUUCUUAUUUGAAAGACAUUGUGUUUAUCAAGUUAUCUAUCUUAGUUGUAUUAUUAUUGGUCAUUACAUAUUGAUUAUCGAUGUUAUCACUGUGCUGUAUCGGUAUUCGUGGUUAGAAAAUAAUAUAUUCCUCGGGACUGGAUGUUUAUUUUUCAAUGGAUUAUUAUAUAUGCUAUUGUGUUUUAGUGAUCCAGGCUUUAUUAAUUCACGAAAUAAAUCUGUGUAUGCGCAUAUUUAUGAAUAUGAUAAUUUUAUCUACACGCCUAAACAAUGCACUGUCUGCUGUCAUCUAGUUCCGGCUAGAGCAAAACAUUGUUUUCGGUGUGAUCAUUGUAUCUUUCGAUUUGAUCAUCAUUGUGUAUGGACAAAUUGUUGUAUUGGUGGACAAAAUCAUGGACUAUUUAUUACCUUUCUAUUCUCGUUAUGCUUAAUGAUUGGUAAUGCUAUCUGGUUAUGUUGUCGUAUGCUUUAUACAUUCACAAUACACGAGAAUUUAUGGCAAGCACAUUACUUGGAUGAAUAUGAUCAAACGCAUCCAAUGGAUUGGCUUACAUUAUCACAGCAUCUAUUCGUCACAUUUCCUCGUGUUAUCGGAAUGCUUGCCAUGCUGAUUAUCGCUGAAUUAUUCCUGAUGCAUUAUUUAAUAUUCCAUCUAUGGCUUAUUCUUAUCAAUUGUACAUCAUAUGAAUACUUUCAAGGCAGAAAGAAACUGUCGAUUAUGAUGUCAAGAAAGUCUUUCUCAAAUAAACACAAUCAUCAGCAGUACCAUCAGCAUUAUCAUCGUCAUUAUAAUAUUGCUGAUGGCAAUGACCUUGAUGAUGUUGUUGAUGACGUCGUCGGUGAGGAUCAGAGGAAGAUGAUGCGACAGACAUUUAUCAGUCACGAAGUAUUGCAUACUGGUAUGUCGUCAACAUUUGCGGAAGAAAAUCGAUCAGGACAGAAUCGGAGAAAUUAUUCAACUGGUGGAAAAAAUGAUGUCUAUCCUAUGCAACAGAGAAAAAAUCAUCAGUAUAGACAAUUUUAUAAUAAAGGUGUAUGGAAUAAUAUCUUGGAGGUAUAUUCACAGAGUACAUCUUAUUCUCUAAGGGAAAUGAAACAUCGUCUACCUGUUCAGUUAACAUUUAAAACUCGUUGAAAUUGCUGUGUUAAUUUAUUCAUUGCACUAUAGUCAAGAUAGAGAUGCCUUUAAUCAAUCUAUUCACAAAAAUGAUCCAAGCGAUAUGCUUUUAUUAAUUAAUAAUAUUUCUAUAUAUGCAUUAGGUAAUUGACUUUUAUGGCUUUCUGUCUGAAUAACACACUUUUUCUUUUCAAUAUUGUAUAUAAUUUUCAUAUUUAAGAAAAAAUUUGAACUAAUGACAAUUAAAUAUGUCUUCAGCGCAAACCUUAAUGUGAAAUGAUUUCAUUUAAUUGAAUUUUUCAUGAAUGGUGAUCUAGUGUUGUGUCUCCUGACAACCUCCCUUGCCGUGAUUGGUUGUUAAUUUACAACUGUAUUGAUCAUUUUUAUUCGGUUGGAAUUUGAACUUUCUUGUCAUAUAUGAGAUGACUUACUUUUUAUUAGCAGCUGGUAAAUUUGGUCUAUAGUAGGUGACACACAUUGGGAGUAUCAGGCUUCUAGAAAUUCCCUGGUAGUAAGAUACACAGAUUAUUAUAGGACUUCCACCAAGAGGCUGAGAUCUCAUUCUGUAGCCUGAAUUUCCUGGAUCGAUCGAUCGAUCGGUCGAUCUAUGGUGACAACAUCGGUUGAUACGGUUGAAAAGUCCAAAGCUAGGACGAAACAACCAUCUAGGACUCAUCGUCUCAAACUCCAAAGCCUAAGUGGUCUCUAAGUAGUCUAAUGGAUAACGCGUCUACAUUUAUGAAACGAUGGGUUCCUGUUCUCAGUGGGAACAACACCCCUCCCCCAGG